UCGGGUAAUCAUGAAAUGAAAGCCCGUCUGCUUCGCGGGUUUAAAUUUCUCGCCCGUUAUAAACCAGCGCGCCCGACCCGGUUGCAUCCCUAUUCACCUGACGAGAGCUCGUCUUCUUCCUCCCUCCCUCUCUCUCUCUCUCUGCGAUCUCUCGAUCCAGAAAUGGCGCAGCCUUUCAUCAAGAAAGACGACGAUCUGGACGACGAAGAUUACUCUCCGUUUUUGGGGAUCGAGAAGGGCGCGGUGCUCCAAGAAGCUAGGGUCUUCCAUGAUCCUCAACUCGAUGCGAGGAGAUGCUCGCAGGUUAUAACAAAACUACUGUAUCUGCUAAAUCAAGGAGAAAGUUUCUCCAAGGUCGAAGCAACGGAAGUGUUUUUUGCUGUGACCAAACUGUUUCAGUCUAAGGACAAUGGGUUAAGGAGGAUGGUUUACUUGAUCAUCAAAGAGCUUUCACCUUCCGCUGAUGAGGUUAUAAUUGUCACCAGUUCCUUGAUGAAAGACAUGAACAGUAAGAUGGACAUGUAUAGGGCCAAUGCGAUACGCGUUCUUUGUAGAAUUACUGACGGCACGCUCCUUACCCAAAUUGAACGGUAUUUGAAACAAGCCAUUGUCGACAAAAAUCCAGUUGUUGCAAGUGCUGCUCUUGUCAGCGGCAUUCACUUGCUCCAGACAAAUCCGGAGAUCGUGAAAAGGUGGAGUAACGAGGUACAAGAAGCUGUUCAAUCCAGAGCUGCUCUUGUGCAAUUUCAUGCAGUGGCUCUUCUCCACCAGAUUCGGCAGAAUGACCGUCUGGCCGUGAGCAAGCUUGUCACCAGCUUGACAAGAGGAACAGUUCGCUCACCUUUAGCUCAGUGCCUCUUGAUUAGAUAUGCAACCCAGGUGAUUCGAGAGUCUAGCAUGAAUACACAAACAGGGGAUCGCCCCUUUUUUGAUUUUCUUGAAGCCUGCCUACGUCAUAAAACAGAUAUGGUGAUACUUGAAGCUGCUAGGGCAAUCACAGAGCUGAAUGGUGUGACCAGUAGAGAACUCAUUCCUGCAAUUACAAUUCUACAAUUAUUUUUGAGCUCCUCCAAACCUGUGCUUCGGUUUGCUGCUGUUCGCACGCUAAAUAAGGUGGCAAUGACACAUCCCUUGGCAGUUACAAAUUGCAAUGUUGAUAUGGAGAGCUUAAUAUCUGACCAAAACCGCAGCAUUGCUACUCUUGCCAUUACUACUCUUCUCAAGACAGGAAAUGAAUCUAGUGUAGAUCGCUUGAUGAAACAAAUCACCAACUUUAUGUCAGAUAUUGCAGACGAGUUUAAAAUUGUUGUCGUGGAAGCUAUAAGAUCUUUGUGCCUGAAAUUUCCUCUCAAGUAUCGGUCAAUGAUGAACUUCUUGAGUAACAUUCUUAGGGAAGAAGGUGGUUUUGAAUAUAAGAAAGCAAUUGUUGAUUCCAUAGUCAUCCUUAUCAGAGAAAUACCAGAUGCUAAAGAAAGUGGCUUAUUUCAUCUCUGUGAGUUCAUUGAAGAUUGUGAAUUCACUUACCUUUCAACUCAGAUACUUCACUUUCUGGGGAAUGAAGGGCCAAAGACAUCAGACCCUAGUAAGUAUAUAAGGUACAUCUAUAAUCGGGUUAUACUUGAGAAUUCAACCAUACGAGCCUCUGCAGUGAGUACCUUGGCAAAGUUUGGUGCCUUGGUUGAUCCAUUGAAGCCUCGCAUAUUUGUCCUUCUAAGACGCUGCCUAUUUGAUAUUGACGAUGAGGUUCGUGAUCGUGCAACACUUUAUCUCAGUACACUGGGUGGUGAUGGUUCAGUUACUGGAACUGUAAAAGAUGUUAAAGAGUUCCUAUUCGGCUCAUUGGAUGUGCCACUGGUUAACUUGGAGAAAAGUUUGUGCAACUAUGAGGCUUCUGAAGAACCUUUUGAUAUUUGUGCGGUUCCCCGGGAAGUCAAGUCACAGCCUCUUGCUGAGAAAAAGGCUCCAGGGAAAAAGCCUUCUGGUUUUGGUGCACCUCUCAGUGCUCCAACAUCGGCUGCUGAUGCAUAUGAGAAGAUGCUUUCUUCCAUUCCUGAAUUUUCAAGCUUUGGAAAAUUAUUCAAGUCAUCUUCGCCUGUAGAGUUGACAGAAGCUGAAACUGAAUACGCGGUUAAUGUCAUCAAGCAUAUUUAUGAUGAGCAUGUUGUAUUCCAGUACAACUGUACUAACACCAUACCUGAGCAGCUACUGGAAAAUGUCACCAUUUUUAUUGAUGCUUCUGAUGCUGAGGAAUUUUCAGAAGUUGCAUCGAAACCUUUAAGGACUCUACCUUAUGAUUCACCAGGCCAGACUUUUGUGGCUUUUGAGAAACCAGCUGGAGUCCCAACUGUCGGAAAAUUCUCAAACAUGUUAAAGUUCAUUGUUAGAGAGGUAGAUCCAUCUACCGGGGAAGCGGAGGAUGAGGGUGUCGAAGAUGAAUAUCAGCUAGAAGAUUUUGAAGUAAUGGCUUCAGAUUACAUGCUAAAAGUGGGAGUAUCCAAUUUCAAGAAUGCCUGGGACAACAUGAAUCCCGAGGGUGAGCGUGUUGAUGAGUACGGGCUCGGUACACGGGAGAGCUUGGCUGAGGCUGUGAAUGCUGUCGUUAACAUUCUCGGCAUGCAGCCCUGCGAGGGAACUGAGGUGGUGCCAAGCAAUGCGAGGUCGCACACUUGCCUAUUGUCUGGAGUCUUUAUAGGCAAUGUGAAAGUGCUCGUCAGACUAUCAUUUGGGAUCGAUGGGCCUAAGCAAGUUGCUAUGAAGCUUGCUGUCAGAUCCGAUGACCCAGCAGUCAGUGAGGCGAUCCAUGAAAUUGUUAAUGGCUAAGGUUUUGAUGCUGUUGUCCUUUCGCGAAUGCAAGUGGAGGAUUUUGUUCAGCUCGGAGCUUAAGGCUACCUAUACAUAUUGACAGAGAAAGUUCCAGUUUACGAUACAGAUUAGGUUUGAGAUUUUUUCUUUAAAUUUGGAAAACAUUUUUUGUUCUUUCGUAUCCAUAAGUUGCCAUUCCGUGUUGAAAGAAGGAGAAAAGCUUUAGCUAGCGAACGUCGUAAAAGUCUGCGCUCAGCAUACAACCUCACAUCAUAGUAUCAACAAAUUCUCGUUUUAUAACAUGAGGUAGUUUUCAUUGUAUUUUUUCCCCCUUGUAUCUUUUAUUUUGAAGCCCUUCGAUAGCGGUUUCGAAUCAUCAGCACAUGCUCUGUUGGUUUGUUACACGUGUUUGAAUCUUGUCAAUCCGAACAGAAUAAUAAUGACAUCACGCAAUCCUU